AUGUCAUCCCACCAGGCAAAUACGGGCCUGGCGCGAAUGCGAUCCCUCCGCCUGCCAGGAAAGUCGCCCUUGACCGCCCCUAAACCGACGACAGGAGCAGCCCAUAUCCCGAGCACAACCUCUCAUGUCUCACUCUUCCUUACGAACCUCCGCCUUCUCGACCUCGACCAGGAGGCCGAUUGGCCCGACAUCUCCCCCGCGACCUUCUCGGCCAAAGAUGCCGCUGGUGGCCUGAAGAAUAGAAUACAAUGUAUCGAGUGGGCCUUGUACCACCUGUUCAUGCUAUGGGAUCAAGAGGAGGCAAGGAACAAGCUGAAGCCCUUCUACCCGCCAAUGGAUCAGGUCCAGUCCAUCAACCUCAGAGCCGCCCUCCUCCGAUGCCUCGAACAAGCGAAACGCAAUGGCGCUCUCGGGAGAGAUGCUGUUCUCCGGAAGACCAUGUUGGACGAAUGUAAAGGCGACCGAUUCGAGGAGCUCAUGGCUGCAUUCUCGUCCGCUGUCCUCAAGAAGCUAGUCGCCGAAAGAGCUCUCAAUGCAGGCCUCGAGUACCGCCCGACCAUCUCAGAGAGCAUCGCAUUAGAAAACUAUGGCUACUCGGGCGAACGAACAGAGCUCAAUGCCUUGCUACUGGCCCACAAGGUUUCCCUGGCUAAGCAACUGAGGGACAAGAACGUGUCUCGUUCCCGCUAUAAGGAUUUCGAAGACUUGCUCGCGCUUAAGCAACGAAAUCUGGCGACGAGAAAGGAGCAGGUCAAGGCUGCUGCGGGCUCAGAGGGGAAUCACACCGUCGCUGACAAGCUCAAGGAUCAGACCCGCGAGAUGAUCAAGACGAAUUGGCUUGGCGAUGAUCGAUGGGCCGACACUCUUAUGUAUGGCGAUACCAAAUCCCAACAAGGUGGACUGCUUGCAGGCGACUUUGACCAGCUUUGGGCUGGCAUACGAGCAGGCAAACUCUCAGAUAUCGAGCAUGAAAAUGUCGGACUCCUGGAGCAAUUGGAUUUGCGAGUGAGAUUGCAACGUUCGAGGCUUGAGAAAUGGCAAGGCUUCCGUCAAGAACUUUUUGGUGAUCUGCAGCCAAUGCCAAAGAACCAAGAAGAAAAGGCGAAAGGGCAGGUGCAAGGCGUCGACCUCGGGUUUACGACUCAUAAAACCUUACAACCAGUCCUGCGACCGAUAGAUCUGAAAGCUUCUGAUGGUCCGGCAGAGUACGCACGGUUGCUCGAUACUAUGCGGACCGACCUCGCCAACGUUGGCAAGCCUCGUGUUCCAAAUUUCUUCAAGUUACGAGGCGAUCAAGUUGCCGGCCCAUCAUCGCAGCACUUGACUCUACCAACCAAUGACGUCGAUACCAUCUCCGAUCUUAGUGAGUGGGAGGAUGAGCCGGAGGAAGCAAAGCCUGUUCCCAAAACCACAGUUCCAACCAAUGCCGACGGCCCGAGUCGCAGCAACAGCCAGUUUGCUGGCAGACAACCACUCAAGAGACCUGCUAUCCGUCAACGACACACGGAUGAUAGUAACAGCGCACGCCCGGGUUUUGUUGACUCGACACAGGGCCGACUAGCACCGAACGCGUCGCAACCUCGAUCUUCCGCAAACUAUACACAGCAGGCCCCUUCCAGGGGUGCUUCAGGUCGUUCCUCCGUUGUUAGUAAGAGUGUUACUGGGGUUUCUCUGGCUGAGCAGAAAGUGCUUCUGGUUCCGGAACCCAAGACUCUGGCCCCCAAUUUACCGGGUCAAUCGUCCAGAACCAGCGAAGUCGAUGAGGAUACCACACCAUUACCUCCUCAGCCAGUGUCACCCACCCAAGCGGUGGCUGACCAGAUACUCGCAUCAAUCACGAACGCAUCGCCAUCGCCAGACAAGAAACUGCGCCACACACUCUCGCUUGCCGAGCGGACACGAAUGACUAUGACAAGAACCAAAUCUUUCGAUCCCGACGACGAGCCCGACGCAAGUCUUCCUUCUCCUAGUGUUGCUAGGAGCAUGAGGAGAAACAAAGAUAACGUGCCUAGCAGUGGAGAUGUCACCCCUGAGGAAGAGGACGAUCUGGCAGCCCGUACUCGUCGAUCAAUGGCAAACUUUCAGGCCGCGCAGCAGAAAGCUCAGCUGGAUCGAAGGCGAUCCGAGAGGAAAGGGAGACCACCCCAAAGGAAGGACAGCUACUUUCCGAAAGUUCAGGAGGAGGGGGAGGAGAUAGCCGAUGCUUCCGUCAUGGAUUCUCUCUUAGAGGUACCCAAUAUCGAUAUGGAGACUGUGUUUAAAAGCAGGCCGAAGAUGAGAACGAGCCCGGCACCAGGCCCGCGAAGGAGAUGGGACGAAGAUGAUCUGGAGGCAUAG